UGUUGUGUGUAGUACUGAAUACACGCCGCGCCUCCUAGUACUUCGCAAUGUCAUACUUAAAAUUACAUAUUGUAGCGUAUGAUUUCUUGGUCGCAGUGUGUACUCGCAUAAGCGCGGGAACGCGCGCAUUUCACGAGUUCCUAUUUUAAAAUAUCGCUUUUAUUUAAAUGUUCGUAGAUAAAAUUGGAGGGAAUAUUUUUUCUAAUGUUGUCAAAAUUAUAGUUUUUAUUUUAAAUAAUUUUUUUGUGUUGUGAUUUUGUCAUUAUGAGUGCAGAACCAGAAAUGCCAGUCCGGGACGGCUCCAAGAAGCCCCUGGUCGCUGUUAUAGAUGACGGAACCAAGACCGUCAGAUUUGUAAUAUACGAAGCGGAAUGCUCGGAGGAACUGGCCUCGUAUCAGAUGGACAAGACGGAGGUGCAGCCCCACGAGGGUUGGUCAGAGCAAGAUCCAUACGAGAUAAUGCACCACAUAAAGCUUUGUGCUGAAAAUGCCAUUGACCAGUUAACAGAAUUAGGAUAUUCAAAAGAUGACAUCAUUACUUUAGGCAUAACGAAUCAGAGGGAGACAACUAUAGCUUGGGACAAAUACACCGGGGAGCCAUUGCACCCCGCCAUAGCCUGGAACGACAUACGUACCGAUAGCACGGUAGACGCGAUCCUAGCCAAAGUGCCGGACCGGAAUAAGAAUUAUCUGAAGAACAUCUGCGGUCUACCGAUAUCGCCUUACUUCAGCGCGCUGAAGAUGCGCUGGUUGAAGGACAACGUGAAGGCAGUCAGACGAGCGAGUAGAGAUAAGCGAUUGCUAUUCGGCACUGUGGACUCGUGGAUUCUGUGGAAUUUAACCGGCGGUCCCCAGGACGGUCUUCACGUGACCGACGUGACGAACGCUUCGAGGACUUUGCUCAUGAAUCUGGAGACCCUGAAUUGGGACCCCGUGCUGUGUCGGCUAUUCGGAAUCCAUCGGGAUACGUUGGCGGAGAUAAGAAGUAGCUCCGAAGUGUACGGCACGGUCAGAGACGGCUCCGUUCUCGACGGCAUAUCCAUUUCAGGGAUUUUAGGUAACCAGCAAUCUGCGCUCGUGGGUCAGAACUGCUUGAGCGCCGGCCAAGCGAAGAACACUUACCGCAGCGGGUGCUUUCUGCUGUACAACACCGGAACCAGACGGGUCAAUUCGACCCACGGUCUGAUCACGACGAUAGCUUAUAAAUUAGGACCCGAUCAACCCCCCAUUUACGCAUUGGAGGGUUCGAUCGCGGUGGCGGGCGGCGCUAUGAAGUUCCUAAGGGACAACCUGAGGCUGAUAAGGGACGUGUCUCAGGACACUGAGCACAUCGCGGGCCAGGUGUUCUCCACCGGGGACGUGUACUUCGUGCCGGCCUUCAGUGGCCUCUACGCGCCCUAUUGGAGGAAGGACGCCAGAGGUAUAAUCUGCGGCCUGACCGCCUUCACGACGAAGAACCACAUAAUACGGGCCGGAUUGGAAGCGGUGUGCUUUCAGACUAGGGACAUCCUGGAAGCGAUGAACAAGGACUGCGGGAUGCCCCUGUCGAAGCUCCACGUGGACGGGAAGAUGUCCUCGAACGAUCUGCUGAUGCAGCUACAGGCGGACCUCACCGGUAUACCGGUUUUGCGCGCCCAGUCGUGGGACAUGUCCGCUCUGGGCGUGGGCAUCGUGGCGGGCCACUCGGUGGGCGUGUGGAGCUGCGACAAGUGGAAGCAUCACGCCACCCACGCCGACACCUUCCUGCCGACCACGACCGAUGAUGAUCGCGAUGCCAGAUACACGAAAUGGAAGAUGGCCGUCCAGCGCUCCCUCGGAUGGGCGACCACGAAGAAGUCGAUCACAAUGACAGGUCAGGCGAAACGAAAGAGCAUAGUUGCGUCCCAAAAGAGUCUCGAAUCGAUUUCGUCUAUCGAUAGUCGUAACAACUCGCAGGACCACAACGGUAAAAUCGAUUUAGGUAUCGAGACGGCGAUUCUAGACGAGGGCGUUAAUGCGUACGUCGACGAUUUACUACGGUAUUCGGCCCGCGAUUAUCCUAUUGAGGUUCCCGUUGAGAACGUUAAAGUCGAUCGGACGAUUUUGGAUGACGCCGAGUAUUUUAUGAGUAAGAAGGAGUGCGAUUACGGCACGUGCCGGUGUUGCGACACGCGCCGCAGGAUAAUGACCGAUUGGAAAACUAUAGAGGAGAUAAUCGAAAACGAUCCGGAAAUCAUAUUCGAUAGUGACGACAACCCUAUUCUAGUCGAACCUCAUAAAGGCGAAAACGUUUUAGUAUCGAAUGCGAACGUUAGAGAUUCAACGGCCAGCAAUAAAACCGGGGAGCCGUCGACAAUUUUGAAAAAAAUAUGCAAUAAAUUCACCGAUAUAUCGAUGACGUGAGAUCUAGUUGUUUUUCUUUUUAAAAGUCGAUUAUUCGUUAAUCGUAUCGGUUUCGUUACAGUAUUUUUAAAAAAGACUAAAAACAAAUACUAUUUUUUGAAUGUAUAUUACAUUUUUAUCCCGUGAGAGUAUUAAUAAAUUUUACUAAAUUUAAUAAGGAUGCGCUAUUGCAGUGGCUUGCGAUUGAGAAUACUUUUUUAAAUCGAGUAUAGCUCAUCAAUUUGAUGUCCAGUCAAAAAACUGAGCAUAUACUAUAAGAGCUAUUUGCAGAUGUUCGCUUAACGCCAGUUUGCCACAUAAAUAAAUAUGUAUAUAUAUAUAUAUAUAUAUAUAUACAAGAAACUGUUAUAUACACCUAUAACACAAAACAAUUACCAAAAAGAAAAUCGAUAUCAACGCAAUAAAAAUCGAAUAUCAUCAAAGUAUUUGAAGUCAUUAAAAAUGUAUUGUUAAAAUGGAAUCGAUUGAAAUGGGGACCACAUGAGGAUGUACCGGCUUUCGAAUAAAAAAAUCGUCAAAAUCGGUUCACCUCGACAAAAGUUCUGAGGCUAACACAUAAAAAAUGAGAAGCUACUCUUUUUUUUUUUAAGUCGGUAUAAUUAAUAAUACUGCCUUCAAAUAAAACGCACAUUACUGCGUUUGUCUAAUCAGUAUUUUUAAUUGCGAAUUUCGAUUUACCCUUCGUUAUUAAUCGAUAUCAAUAUCGAUAUUGUAAAAAUAGUCUAUCUAGUAUAAUAUACGUUAAUAUUUACCUUAAUAGGUAUAUCGAUUAUUCGCGCAUAGUAUUAUAUUAAAAUCGUUUUAAAAGACAAAUUUAUAUUUAAAGUCGAUUAGUUAAAGACGUGUUAUGUAAAAAAGACAAUUUUUAUUUUUAUUUUAGCUCGAGUUCUCGAAUAUGAACUUAAAUCUGAUACCAGUAAUAAAUAUUAUUAUGACAAUAAUGCACUUCACUAUCUCUAUCUGGCGACCAUUCUUACGUGACCCGGGCUCGUUAGUAUUGGCAAUAGAGAUAUAAGGUCUUUUGACAUUGGCCAUCAAAUUUCACACGCAUUCGGUUCUAAGGUUUUUAUAGACAUGUAUGAUUAUUAUUUUUUUAAGCCGUAUCUAGUUAACUCAUCUUAAGACCCCUCUUAAGUUGGGGGGGGGGGGAGGGCGUAGAAAAUCUAUUUGAUUUCAAAGUUUUAAGGCUACUUAAUCGAUUAGUUGUGUUUCAUGAGGACGGAUCCUCUCACCUCUCCUGGCUGAACUCAUGCUCACCUCUUUUUCCUCACCAUAUCCCACUAGGUGGGGUAGGCACAGCUAAUUUUUCUCUUCCAUUCUCUUCUAUCAGCCGCCAUCUCAACACUCACUCCUCUCUCUCUCUCUCAUAUCGUCAUUCACACACCCUACCAUGUCUUCUUCGGUCGACCUCUUCCCCCACUACCUGCUCUGAUGAAAACGCCCCAAAGUCUGACAAAAAGAAAAAAAUAUAGUUUUCUUGGGGAUCGAAAUUGAUCGAAUUAGAUAUUACCUUCAAAUGUAACUAUCGGUAGAGGGUUUAUUUCCUUAUACCCAGAUCUGCGUGCCAGUUUGAUUUAAUUAACGAUGUAGUUGAAAUACUUGACUGACUCGGUGGUGCAAUAGUUAGCGGGUCUGACUGUUGCGCCGAGGGUCGUGGGUUCGAAUCCCGCGUCGGGCAAACAUUGUGUGUUGAACACGUUUGUUUGCUCAUUGUCUGGGUGUCUACUAUGUAUAUGUGUAUAUAAUUUAAACGUAUAUACAUUUUUUUUAUUUUUCUUUUAUUGCUUAUUAGUGUACGAGCUCACAGUCCACCUGGUGUUAACUGGUUACUGGAGCCCAUAGACAUCUACGACGUAAAUGCGCCACCAAUCUUGAGAUAUAAGUUCUAAGGUCUCAGUAUAGUAACAACGGCUGUCCCACUCUUCAAAACGAAACGCAUUACGGCAGAAAUAGGCGGGGCAGUGGCACCUACCCGUGCGCACUCACAAGAUGUCCUACCACCAGUAAUUACGCAAAUUAUAAUUUUGCGGGUUUGAUUUUUAUUACACGAUAUACAUAUGUCAAUCUUAGGUAUCCAAAAUACAGGGAAUCCUAAUUCGGAACCGGAUGACCGUGCGUGAUUUGUUCCCAGUUAUUUAUAUAUUUAUUAUCCCAGUACUUACUUUCUGCCGCACCUUGAUUAACUUUAGUCAAUUUACAUUCUAAUAAGCGAAUAUGAAAGUCAAAAAUAAAUUAACGAAUUUGACUUUUUUUGUUUGUUUUUUUGUUGUACACAAUAAAAACUAUUAAGUAUAUUCAGUAGAUAAAUUUUGAGUGUUGAUAACUUUUGAACGAAAUGCUAUUGAUGCUCGGUUCGUUAGUGUUUUGUUUUUCGAAAGAACCAAUCGAAUUGCAAAUAAUCGCUUAAGAUGGAAAGGUUAAGAUAUAUGUUGUUCCAUUGCGUGCUACAUACGACCACAUUUUUCUUAGGGAAAUUACGUGCAGAUUAUAGAAGGACUGCGUAUUUAAGCUUAAAACGUUUUUAAGGGAAUAAAAAUAAAGAACAAGAAAUGGAGAAUUCUAAUUCAGAUUUAAUUUACUAGUAUUAAGCUUAUCAUCACUAAUCACAUGGGAUUCGGUCAUACAUUGCUUGUUUAAAAAGAAAUAGACAACAACAUCAAAUUAAGUAUUUUUGUUAAGGAUUGUACUAUUUUUUUAUAACUAAAGCAUAAUUUAUUUUAAAUAAGAUUAUGUUAAAAAAAGCUAAGUAUCUUAAAUGUAUAUUGUUUUGCAAAUAAAUACAUACAUGAAUUGUUAAUUUACUGUCUAUAUAAUGUAUUUUGAAAUAAUUGUCUACAUAUUUUGUUGUAAUGUAUUCUACUUUUUUUUUCUUUGACAUUGCUUUUCCUUGAUAUAUUUCUGUUGUAACUAUUUAUUUUUUUCUAAUUCUCCCCUUAAGAAUGUAUUUUCAACUUUACUAACAUUAAAAUAAGACUGGUAGUAUGUUUGUCGAAUAAAAUGGUUAUUUAUCUUGAA